ACGAGUGUGGACAGUUUGGCAUUUUGUCGUGUGAGAAUUUUUGUUAUAAGUUUUUUUGAUGGAAUAAAACAGAAAUUCACAACAACCAUUGAUGUUCCGCAAACGUUUUUGGAAUAAGAGACUGAAAUCUAGCGAAACUGAAUAUUGUGCAAUGUCACGGCGACCCAGAAUAGCUUGUAUGCGUCUCUUCAAAUUUGGUUAAGAAAUGAAAAUAAAAAAUGAUGGAAUGCAAAUAAAAACAUUAGAACAUAUGUGAUGUGAAACAUAAUUCAGUGGCAUUAAAAUAAAAGGAAUGACUAUUAAUAUAUAGUGUUGAUCUCAAUAGGGGCUAAGAUUGUAGUUCUGGCAAAAUACAUGCUUAGUGUAUGGUGGAUGUGAUAGUGGAGUAUGAAAGGAAGGGGAAUGUGAUAAAAGUGCGAAAUGAUCAAGGAAAAACCGGAGAAAAGUUCAGAUACUACAAAAGAUGAGGCUGGCAGUUCAGAUAAGGAAGCUGCUAGUACAGAAGUUCGUGUUAAAAAAGAAGACGAACCCACUGUUAAGAAAGAACCCUGUGCUGGUCCCAUUACUAAGAAUGGAGGUAUUGUUGGAUCUACUAAUACUGGUUCUAUGCAACCUUCUUUGGAUCGUAAGCCAGAUAUUCAUUCUGAAGAUUCAGUGAAUGUACCAGGACCUGAUAAUAGUUCACUGCCUCUUAAACAGGAGGAAUGCAUCGAUGGAGAACUAGGCGGAGAUUCAUUUGGUCUGGGGCUGCCUACUCCUGGAGGUGGUUCGCAUGCUCCACCUCCAGAAGGUGUGCAACCACUUGUAAGUAAUGUAAUUAAUAAACAGCCAAAUUCCAUGGAGGUACAAUACAUGCAACAACAAAGUCAGAUCUUCGUAUUUUCCACAUUGUUGGCUAAUUCAGGAGCUGAUGAAGUUAUACAAGGCAGAUACCAGUCAAUAAUUGCCUAUCAUUGUGCCCAACCAGGUACAAAGAAGUACUUAGAGAAAAACCCAUUGAAAGUAACGCAAUUCAAUCGUCAAAAUCCUGCUCAGUGGCUCAACAACAUUGCCAUGAUGAAAACAAAGAGUUGUAAUCGUAGUCCAGGACUUGGUCCAAAACCUCAAACCACCCUUGACAAUUUUUUGGGAUCUGAUCCUUUGGAAGAUAUGGUAGGAUUGGAUGAGGCAAAUAUUCCAUGGGAUACAAAAAAUAAUCAUUUGGAGGGUCUAGAUGCCGUUUCUAAUGGAUUACCUGAUGUGGUGCCUGAUAUAGAUGCAUGUAGUCCUUCCUUAGCUAAUGUGCAGCCCUCACUGCAGGGUGUCAAAGUGCCUGACGAGAACCUCACCCCACAGCAGCGGCAACACCGUGAAGAACAAUUGGCUACAAUACGUAAGAUUCAGCAAAUGCUUCUUCCAGAAAGUCAAAGUAUAGAAGGGGGAGGUCCUUCAGAUCCUAACCUACCUCCAGGUGCACCUGUUGCUGCACAAAUGGAGUGGCAGAAAUUACAUCACCAGUUUUAUGAUGACACCAAAAGGAAACCGGGUCCCAGCCCUAAUGUUCCUGUUGGUCCAGUAAGUGGGGGUGGUGGGACAGGUCCACCUAUGGGACCAAAUGUGCCAGUGGGAGGAGGAGGUCAGAAUGCAAUGCCGAGAGGUGUUCCAGGAAAUGGUCCAAGGUUACAAGGACCUCCACCUCCAUAUCACCAAACUCCACGUUCAGCAAGUGUUCCGAUAGCACUGCAAAGUCCUAAUCCUACUUCUCCUAACAAUCCCACGUCUAAUUUAUCUCUACCCUCACCUCGAGCAUCUUCUGCUUUAAAUUCACCGGCAGAUCCAAAUCGUCCUUUUGGUUUAACCAGGCAUAUGAGUACCGGUCAAAGCCCUACGUCACAGGACUCGCCUUCAGCACCAAGACUUAAUCAUAGUAACCCUGGCACACCCCUGUCUUCACAUCAUCUUUCUCCUAGUGUAACUAGUAGUAAUACAGAACCAACUUCAACACAUCAGUCUUCAGUGGAUGGAAUGUUUUGUCGAACUCUUCAAUCCAUGGCACAAAAACAACAGAUUAGCACAUCGACAACAACAUGUUCCACAACACCUACAACUGGUGUUAAAGAACCAAAUCUGAUGCCUGUUCCCUCCCCCCAACAAAUACAGUACCUCAACACCUUCGAAGGACAAGAACUGAUCAUUCAAAAACAGCCCAAUACAAGUCUGAAAGAUGGCAAUAUCAUAUCACCUCCCAUUCUCGAUCCAAUAUCAUUCAUUAUAUUUAUCAACGAUAUUAACGAGGUUAUAGCAGACAUAAACACUGCUCACAAGAUCAAUUAUGCUGAUGAAACCAAACUUCUAUUAACAGACUCAUCAAUUGCCAUGAAAGCCCUAACGUGUGAUCUGUCUUUGGAUACGAUGUGUUUAAUUAGAGUACAAACAGUCCCUGGUCCCAAUUCGGAUCCACUUAAAAAUGAUCUGUUUCCUACACCUAGCCCACAUAUGAUGGACGUACCUAGGUUUUCUGGACCAAAUGCUUCUCCAGGUGCUAAAAUGGGAGGAGGUUUUGUCAACGUAUCCCCUCAGGGAAAACCAUUAGAUCUUCCUAAUUAUGGAUGCGCUAGAGGAGAUAACGUACCUCUUAAUCCUAAUUGUACAAGUACAAUGUCUGGAAAUCCAAAAGUAUCGCACUUUGAUCCCAUUUCAUCCUUAGCCCAAAUGAGUCAGCAGUUGACAAAUAGUGUAGCAAGUUCAUUAAAUGGUCAGAACAAUCAAGGGCCUCCAAUGAUGAACUUUGGCUCACCUAUGCAUAUGAUGGAUAUGGGGGGAUGUCAUGGAAUGGGUGACAUGGAUCAAGGGCCUGGAAAUAUGAUGGGUAUGCCAAUGCAAGGUCCCCCGCAUGGAUUUCAUCCCAAUUCUCCAAUGGGUCCUAUUCGCUCUCUCUCGCCUAAACUGCCAGGUGCCUUUCCUAAUCACAUGCCUAUGCCAAGGAUGAUGGGUCGCCCUCCUGGGCCAAAUCCAUAUAAUGGAGCCAAUGUCCAAAUCAAGCCCAAUGCUCCUAACACCAUUCAGUACUUGCCAGCUAAAUCUCAAGUAGGACAAGCUCCAGGACCUAGAGGCCCUCCUAGUAUAGAUUUCCUAACUCGGCUGGCAACUCCUAUGAAUAUGAUGGAAUCAAAAAUGCAGUACUUUCCAUCUUGUGGUCCCAAUAAUGGGCCCAUGCAAGGUGGUCCAAUGCCUCCACAUAUGGGUCAUAUGGACGGAUCUAUGCCGCAAGAUGGUGUUAUGGGACCUAUGAGCAUGGGAAGUCAUAUGGGAAAUGGAGCACCUCCUAUGGGUCCUAUGGGAGGCAAUAUGGGUAUGCCAGGUGGAAUGAUGCAAAUGAUGAGAGGACCAAUGAGGCCCCCAAUGGGAAUGAGAAUGCCACAGAUGGUUUUCAAUGGGCCACCUGGAGGUCCUGGCGUUCCUGAUUCAAUGUUCAAUUCUGGUCCAAAUAUGGGAAAUCCUUCUGCCCAGAUGUUUGUUACAGGUCCUAAAGGCAGUCCGAUGGGCAUGGGUGCCCCAGAUGCAACUCAACCUCUUCCUCCUUCAAUGGGCCAGAACAAUAGUUUCAAAAACUCAUCAUUCAUGGGCCCCACUACUGCUGAUCCAAACUACGCACAACAGUUUCACAACUUUCAGCAACAACUCUAUGCAACUGGCACCAGGAGUCAAAUGGGAGGUCAGACAAUGGGACCAGGUCCUGGGCCUCCGCAUAUGCAACAGCCUCCGUACUACAAUCCCAAAUAGCAAAUAUGGUGCUGAGUGUGUGAUUCAGAGUAUUUUGUUUUAUUUUUGAUAUUACUAAUGAGUAAUCCGGCAAUAAUAAGAUUGUGAGAUUGAGUUGUAUAAUAAGUGUUACGCAUCGAAUUCAAGUGCAGUUAAGGCUCAUGUAAAAAGUUGCCUGCCCAAAGGCUCAGUUCGCCUAAAUACUUAACGCUAUUCUGGAUUUGUAUAUUUGCCAUAAAACAACUAGAAAGACUUAGUAAUAAUAUAAGUGUUGGACUUGCUUGGUCCUUUUUAAGACGGAGGUUUCACUAUUGCUCAUUAUUUGUUUCUAUCCAUCUGUUAUUCGUUUAUUGUACAUUUUAUGAGUAUUCGAUUGAAAUGAAAACAAUAAAAUUCUAUAUUAUAUA